AUGUUCUUAUUACAAAAUCUGCAUAAAGAACAUACAUUUUUUUAUGCUUCUUUUCUUAGAAACACACUGUCUCAAAUGGCAGCAUCUCCAUCUCCUCAAUCACCUCUUGCGUCGCAAACGAUUAACGACGGAAAUAUUAGUACUGCGAAAGAAACAACAACUUCUUCACCCAUAAGCAAAAUGAGUCCACUUAUUUUGUUAGUUAUAAUAGUAUUAGCAAUCAUCUUUUUUCUCUAUGGACUUGUCCAGUUAGUUUUAUGGUUACUGAUGAAAAGGCCAUCCUCUUCAUCUCAUUAUAAUUCCAACAGAUUCCAAGAAUCGACCCGAACGCGGUCUCUUCAGAGGCAACUACAACACCUAUUCCACUUGCAUGAUUCAGGUCUUGACCAAGCUUUCAUAAACACUCUUCCUGUUUUCAACUACCAAGAUUUAUUGGGUUUGAAGGAACCUUUUGAUUGUGCUGUGUGUCUCUGUGAGUUUUCUGAACAGGAUAAGCUGAGAUUGGUUCCUAUAUGCAGCCAUGCAUUUCAUAUGAAUUGUAUUGACACAUGGCUUCUCUCAAAUUCUACUUGUCCUCUUUGUAGAGCAAAUAUCUCUAACAAUAGUUUCCCUUUGGAGAAUGUUAACGUUGUUGAGGAUUCUUUGGUUCUGUCACAUAGGUUCAAUGUCAAUGGUGAUAAAGAGAAUAUUAUUGAGGAACAAAUAGGUGACAAAAGGGUGUUUUCUGUGAAGCUUGGAAAAUUCAGAAGUAAUGGAUUGGAGGAUGGUAGUACUAGUAGUUAUAGUUUGGAUGAAAGGAGAUGUUAUUCAAUGGGUUCAUAUCAGUAUGUGUUUUGUGAUUCAAAUUUGCAAGUGGUUUUGUCUCAAUCUUGUUGUGAAGAUGAAAAUGGGAAUGUGGAGGGGAAGAGGAUAGGGAGUAGAAUCAAAGGUGAGAGUUUUUCUGUUUCUAAGAUAUGGCUUUGGUCUAAGAAGAGCAAGUUUCCUAGUUCUAAUACUGUUUUUCCUUGA